UUUUUAUUAUAGUGGAGCAGCUAAGAAGAAUGCUGCAACUUAUGUGAUGAGUGAACGUCCCUCUUCCUGGAGUAAAAUAGUCGAAGAAAACGUUGUAAAGCAGCCUGUUCUUGCGGAUAUACAUGAUAUGAUUCGGGAGAAAACUAAAGCAAAGAUUGAAUUAACAACGGUUGAGCGAGAAAUUUUGCGGCAAAAACGGCGGGAACGGAGGAGAAGGGAGAAGGAGGGGAAGAAAAGGGAAAGAGAAGAGAAGCAAAGAGUUGAACUUGUUUCCAACCGAGGAGUUAAACUAGGUUUCAUCUCUACAGCAGUUCUAAACCAGGUUUCAGGAGGGCCUAGAACUAGUCGAGAGGAUGGAUCUAGGAAAACUCUAGAAGGGCCGAGAACUAGACGAUAUGACGGAUCUAGAAAUAUCCGGUUCAAGGACGAGGAGUAUCCAUCUCUUGGUGCCGAAUCUAGAAAAACUGAAACUGUGGACCAACGCGUGGUUCGAACCUUCGAAGGAGGACAUCUCUCAGAUACUGGCUCUGAAUGGGAGACUGAUGUUUCAGAGAUACAUGAUCAGGAGAUUUCCGAGGAUUCAGACUCUCAUAUCCCUGAGGUUCAGAUUCAGGCCAGCUCAGCUGAACCUCUUUCCUAUUCAUCUAUCCUGAGACGACGAGAUAAAUCCUCCAAUCCUGGCGAACUACCAUCUGGAAAAUCUGCGAAAACUGCACCUAAGUUGGAAAUAAAAGCCGAACAAGAGGUUGUCAAGAAAAAAGUGAAAACCAAAACUCCAUUUGAAAUUGACAUCUUUGAAGCCUUAUUAAAAAAGAAGGAGCCUAAGGGGAAAAAAGACAAGAACAAGCCUGUUCUGGGCGGAAAGAUUAAGAAGGAUGAAAGGGUGGUGAGGAAUCAACUUGACAGUUCUGCACCUACCAAGAAGAGGGGGAAGGAGAGGGAAGGCGGGAAGAAGAAGAAGAACACGCUUAUGAAGAAGAUUAUUUUAACGGAGAAGGCAGAACGGCGAAGAAGAAGAGAAGAAGCCGAGAUGAGACGGAUUGAGAGAAUACAGACUGGAGUAAAGAUGGUGCCUAUCCUGCAGACUGAGGAGGACCAAGAAACCCCGACCCCAGCAAACCAAUUUCGGAAUCAGGAAAACAAGAAAUCAUUGAAAAUUAAUUUUCAAAAAGAAAGAGAAAAUGAAGAAGACGUCGAAGACAUAAAUACAGAUCCGUCCUACUCAGCAGAAAAAUCUAAAUCUACAACUGAUCUGAAGUCGGAGUUGGAUAAACUUGAUAACGAUGACAAGAACGUAGAAGAUGCAAAAACAAUUUCUGAUACCUCCGAAGAUGUCUUUAAAAGUAUUUCUACUUCUCCCCAAGAAGAGAUUAAGACUUCCUCUGCUAUUGAAGACAGUGUUGAAAUUCCUGUUUCCGAAGAAAAUGUGAAAAAUUAUUCUUGUCCUACCGAAGAAGAUAUUAAAAAUCCUUCUGCUAGUCAUGAAGUAGAUUCUGAAAUUCCUGAAGAAGAUUUAAACUUAUUUGUAAAUAAAGAAAAUGUUAAAAAUCCUGAAACUCCUGAAGAAAUUGUCAAGAAGAAAAUUCAUUCUAGAAAGUUCCGAGAAUACUGUGAUCAGGACCUGUCUAAGGAUUUGGAUACAUACGUUACAAAUCUAAUGUCAGAUUUAAUUAGGUUCCAGGAUCGACUACACGCCAAGGAUCCUGUAAAAGCAAAAGCUAAACGCAGAUAUAUUGUUGGACUAAGGGAGACGGUGAAGUUUUUAAAGGUAAAGAAGGUGACCUGCGUGAUACUAGCUCCUGACCUAGAAAGAAUAUCCAGUGAAGGAGGGCUGGAUUCAGCAGUAGAUAAUAUUAUUCGUGUGUGUAAAGAGCAAAGUGUACAGGUAGUGUACUCCCUAGGGAGAUACAAGCUAGGACGUGUCUGCCUACGGAAGGUUCCGGUCAGUUGUGUGGCAAUCAUGAAUCAUCAAGGAUCAGAUGAGAACUAUAAGAACAUACUUGAGUUGAGCCAGCAGCUGCGGGAAAGCUACCAGGCCAGACUACGCAUAGAGAUAGAGAACCUUGAUCCUAAGGCGGAGGAGGCGGAGGGAACCCGCCCUAGUUCCGUUCUUAAAUAUUCGCCAGGGAAAGAGUUCUAUCCAAGGGGGUUUUCUAGCCAACCUCAAGACCAGGAUUCAUCAUGCUUCUGGUACCAGGAACAGUCUCAUGGGUUCUCCUAUUUCGAAAACAGAUAUUUUCCGGAGUAUGAGCACAAUGCCUAUAACAUGCAGGCGCCAGAUUUGACCGAAUACUCUCCUGAGACUGUCCCUCUUCCUCAGUGGCAAAAUAUGCUGAAUAUUCUGAAAGGAUGAAAGGGUUAAAUGAACGGAUGAAACCAGUGCUUAAAGUUUCCAUUUGAUUUUGAUCCUGUAUCCGCACUGAGAAAAAAUGGAUCCA